UUUAUCAGAGGCUGCGGCCAAUCAUGGUUACGGACUCGAACAAUACAUUAUCUAAUCCUUAAUCUAAGCCGGUGCCUCUCCUCAAGACGGAGCAUUAACCGGAAGCAGGGUUUCUUAUCCAUUUGUCGCCGCUCGUGCCCGCUCGGUUUAUGGGUGGGUGCGCACUCCCGAGACACCAGGAAACAUGGCGGCGCUCAUGACUCUCAGUCAGUUAUCAAGUGGAGACCCAGCCUAUGAGAGCUAUUACAGACAGCUGGAUCCAGCAAACACAGGCAAAAUAUCAGCUGGAGAUGCAGCUCAGUUCCUCAAGAAAUCAGGGCUGUCAGACAGUACUUUGGGGAAGAUUUGGGAUUUGGCAGAUUCAGAAAGAAAAGGCUAUCUGGAUAAGCGGGGUUUCUUCAUAGCUUUGAGACUCGUGGCUUCAGCACAGGGUGGAAACGAUAUCAGCCUUAACAACCUUAACCAAAAUUUAGCUGAACCCAAAUUUAGGGACACGAACAGCCCAUUAUUGAGUGUGUCAAAGACAGGAAGUGACUCACAUUGGGCAAUUAGACCUGAUGAAAAAGGAAAGUUUGAGGGCAUUUUUAGCAGUCUGUCCCCUGUAAAUGGUCUUCUCUCCGGGGAUAAAGUCAAACCAAUUUUGAUUAAUUCCAAGCUACCUCUGGAUAUCUUAGGAAAGAUUUGGGACCUAAGUGAUGUUGACAAAGAUGGACACUUGGACAAAGAUGAAUUCACAGUGGCCAUGCAUCUUGUAUAUCGUGCCAUGGAUAAGGAGCCUGUCCCAACUACCUUACCCACUUCACUCAUCCCACCUUCUAAAAGGAAGAAGUUUGCAGGUGCACUGCCAGGUGCUGUGGCUGUGCUGCCUGCUCUGUCUGGGCUCAUGGCUGGCCCUGCUCCCCUCAAGGAGUCCCUGCGAAGCACUCCUCCUCUGAGUAGCUCUACUCUCAACACCAAAACUGUCAACCUCUCUCCAAAACACUCCUUUAAAUCCAGCUCACCGUCCCAGCCAGCAGUGAACUGGGUGGUACCAGUGGCCGACAGGGAGGGUUAUGAUGACAUGUUCAAGAAAAUAGACACUGACAACGACGGCCUCAUUAACGGAACUGAGGUCAUAGAGAUCUUCAUGCAGUCCAGUCUCUCACAGACAAUGCUGGCACAGAUAUGGGGACUCGCUGACACUAAACAGACGGGCAAGCUGACACGGGAGCAGUUCUCUCUGGCCAUGCAUUUGAUCCAGCAGAAGACCACUAAAGGCAUAGAUCCUCCCUCAGCUCUAACCCCAGACAUGAUUCCCCCAUCAGAACGGACUGCAGCUUCAGCGGCGGGCCCUAACUAUGCGGCGCUUCUGUCAGCUGUGAGACCUGAACUUACUGCACUAGAUAAUCUCCACAGAGACAGCACCAGCUCCACAGUGGCGGCCGAGCUGACAGGAAUCAAAGAGCUGGAUGACCUCAGCCAGGAAAUAGCUCAGCUGCAGAGAGAGAAAUUCAUUCUGGAGCAGGAGGUCAGGGAAAAGGAGGAAGCCAUCAGACAUCAAAAUAGUGAAGUUCAGGACAUGCAGGAUGGAUUAGACAGGGAGAGCAGCAGCCUUCAGGACCUGGAGUCGCAGAAGCAGGUUGCCCAGGAACGUCUGGAGGAGAUGGACCAGCAGCGCUCCAAGUUGGAGGGAAUGCUCAGUGAUGUCAAGCAGAAGUGCCAGGAAGAGUCCCAGAUGAUCUCAUCCCUGCAGAGCCAGAUCCGCUCUCGAGAGAGCGACCUCCGGAGCCAAGAGGAUGAACUGGGCCACACCAAGGUGGAGCUGAGCCGUCUGCAGGAGGAGGAGGCCCAGCUGGAGCAGAACCUGCUGUCCGGUCGUGUCCAGCUGGACAGCAUCAUUAAGUCGCUCAAAACCACUCAGGAAGAGCUCAACCAGGCUCGCAGUAAGCUGUCGCUGAUCCAGGACAAUCAAAAAGAGGUGACCAAGACCAUUGAACAGUACAACAGUGCUUUGAGCGACAUCAAUGGAGGAGACUUCAGCAACCUGCCGGACUUGAGUGAAGGAUUGGCUGAGAAGGAGAACGGAGGUUUCAGGAGUGCGGAUGAUUCUUUCAAGUCAAAGAUAGCCAUGUUCAACAACAGUAGUGCUAAGCAGCCUCCAGCAGAUCCUUUCCAGACGGAGGACCCCUUCAAGUCGGAUCCCUUCAGUGAUCCUUUUGGAGGAGAUCCUUUCAAAGAAAGCGACCCCUUCAAAGGCACCUCAUCUGAAGAUUUUUUUAAGGGAACAGACAAGCCAGACCUGUUUGGAUCUUCAGAUCCUUUCAGUAGAAAACCCGCACUGCCAGUCAAGCCGAGUGCCUUCAGCAGUGGUGACCCUUUCGCAUCAAACAGCCUAAAACCAAAGGAUUCAGAUGUGUUUGGGACAGCGGACCCCUUUGGAAGCAGCUCUUUUGGAAGCAGGGGGGGCGGAUUUGCCGACUUUAGUCAGAUGUCAAAGAAGUCAGACAACCCUGUUCUCCCAACAAAGAAAAAUGUGCCUAACCGACCUGCACCUCCCUAUGGUAUGCUCAGUUUGACUGCAUCAGAGCCCAUCCAGAGCGUUUGCUCCACAGCAGACAAUAAAGACCCUUUUGUUACGACACACUCGAGUAAAACGUUCAAAGACUGCCCUGUGGGUUUUGCAGAUUUUGGUUCUGAUCUGAAUAUGUCAAGUUUGGAAGUGAGAACCAGCAACUGGAGUGGGCCAAGCGGGAGAGCGAACGCGAGGAACAGGAGAGGCUGAUGAGGCUGCGGCUCCAGGAGCAGCAGGACCUGGAGCUGGCUAUCGCUCUCAGCAGAGCCGACAUGCCCGGCUCCUGACCAGGCGUCCCCAACCACAGCUUUCAGUCUCCCUCGUUCUGCCGUACAGUCUUCCUUGUCCGCAGGCUCAUGACAACCCCAGCAACACUGGCCCGACAUGACUAGCAGCCCCUGUUACCAAUUUGUGGAAGAGACCAGUGAUUCUCCAGCCAUGACUGGACUCAUGUCAAAUGACUCCACAUUUAGCAACCAGUUAAGGUUCAUUGCUCCCAAACUACAUGGCAACUAUAAUCAGGGACAAUACGGAGCCACUUGAUUUAAGCCUGGCUUCAUCCUGAAAGAACAUAGCGAUUUAACGCAACCCGAACUAGCAGGGUGCUCGACUACAACUUCUGUAUAUCUCCAUAUCUUGUUACGGCUAAUCACCCUGACCUAUCCACAAGCUUUUCUGUUGCAAGGAAAUAUAUAUUUUACUAUUUUAUUUAUAUACAAAAGCAAUGGAUCUGUGGUGUAUGAAGUACUCGUAAAAUGCACUGUAUCAACUGAUUCAUAUAACCUUUAAUUUCUCAGAAAAACUUCCUGUUGGUGAGUCAGACCAUCUACGCUAACUACUGUUGGCCUGUGAUUGAGUUUGUCCAAUUUCUUUUCUGUUCAAUUUUUUUUCUUUUUUAAAGUAAUACCUUCGUGUACUGUAAAUAUUGUUAGAUGAUGGUUUUUAUGUGCCAGCUUCUGAAAAGCGGAGUCCAUUUUUAAAACAAAAACGAUCCUGUCUGAAAGGACCGGAGCUUAAUGAUCAGAUCAUCAGUGGCCUGAUUUAUAUUUUUAUUCCAUAUGUUACAAGUGCUUCCUGCUAUUUAUGCCUGUGUAUGCAAUAUUUAUGGCCUUAAAGUAAAUCAUCGGUCGCCACUUGUAUUUAAAGUAAUUAAGACGCUAGCGAUAAUCACGGAGGCCUUUCUGAUGCCAGCAGCUUGUGUUUGUCAGAUGGUCUAUCAUUGUUUCCCCUGGUGUAACGCCCAAAGAUCUCACACUCCCAUACAACUAAAAGCCUCUAUAAAAUGGAAGUGGUGUAAACCUACAUUGUUUAUUCUGGUACUGUCACACUUAGCUUUGUCUUUUUUUUUUUUGUUCCUCCACAUCUUCACACUACCACUGAUGCACAUGUGACAACCGCUUCCAACUUCUUACUUUUCUCUGUACAGUCAACCAUUUUUUUUCCGUCUUCUGUGAUCAGUUUUGUUUUGUUUGUUUGUUUGUUUUUUUUUAACUGUUCAUUAAUGUCUUAUGGUCAAGUUGGAGGAGGUUUGUUAAAAUUUCUUAGAAUAUUGCAUCCUUGUAAUUAUCUAACACUAAUCAGGUUUAAUCGGCACAUAAUGUAUACACUGUAUAUUUUCCGGAGCUUCCUGGACUUGUACAGUGACAGGGCCUUAUUUAUCAACAUAUCAUCAUUGUAACAUGUAAUAUUGCACAGUAUGUAUAUAAUUAUAUAAAAAAAGUUGCUCAAAAA